AUGCCGCAGAACAGCUCGGCCAAGAGCCGGAGGUCGGUUGGCCAGACACUGGCACCGAUGAACAACUUUAUAUACGACCUGUUACUCUGGACCUUCUCCAUUCUCGUCGACCUGUUCUUCAGGGAAGUCCACCCGCGGAGCUCUUGGAAGAUCCCCCGCAGCGGUCCCGUCAUCUUCGUGGCUGCUCCUCAUGCAAACCAGUUUGUUGAUCCCCUCAUCCUCAUGCGCGUCGUGCGCAUGGAGGCCCAACGCCGCAUCUGCUUUCUUAUCGCCGAGAAGUCCAUGCGGAGAAAGUUCAUCGGAUGGUUCGCUCGCAACGUUGGUGCUCUGCCCGUGGGGAGAGCCCUGGACAGCACGAAACCCGCCCAGGGCAGGGUCUAUCUUCCCGACCCCGUCAACGACCCCACCCUCGUCCGCGGCGUGGGGACGAACUUCGAGAGCAAAGAUUUCCAGGUCGGAGGUCUUGUCGUGCUCCCUUCGGUGAACAAUACUGCGGCAAGCUCGGAGAUUUUGGAGAUACAUGGGCCAGAGGAGCUGCGUGUCAAAAGGCCGUUCAAGGGUGGAGUGGCUUUGCGCCAGUUGACGGGCCGUGAGGAUGUCAGCGAUGAUGGCAAGAUCAUGAACGGCGAUAGAAAGAUCGGCCCAGCAGAGGGAUUUGAGGGAAUCAACUUCAAGGUUGCGCCCAAAGUGGACCAGAGCAAAGUUUAUGAUGCUGUUUUCGAGAAGCUCAACCAGGGCGGCUGUGUUGGUAUCUUCCCUGAAGGUGGUAGCCAUGACCGCACCGAGCUCUUGCCCCUCAAAGCUGGCGUGGCGAUUAUGGCUCUCGGAGCUCUUGCUGCCAAUCCGAGCAGCGGUCUGAAAAUUGUACCCGUCGGUAUGAACUAUUUCCACGCCCACAAGUUCCGUUCCAGGGCCGUCAUCGAGUUCGGUACGCCAGUCGAAGUCUCCCAGGAGCUCAUCGAGCUAUACAAGAAGGGAGAGCGCAGAGAAGCUGUGGGCAAACUCUUGGAAAAUGUUUACAACGCUUUGGUCGCCGUCACGGUGACUGCACCGGACUACGAUACGCUGAUGUUGAUCCAAGCUGUUCGCCGUCUUUACAACCCGAAGGGCAAGAAGCUGCCUCUUCCCAUGGUUAUUGAGCUCAACCGUCGGCUUGUGAAGGGUUACGAACGAUACAAGGACGACCCUCGGAUCGUCAGCCUGAAGCAGUCGGUUCUCGCGUACAACAAGAAGCUGAUGAUGCUGAACAUCCGCGAUCACCAGGUGGAAUACGCGAAGUUCUCGAUCCACAAGGUUGUUUUCAUGCUGGUAUACCGUUUCAGCAAGCUACUUUUGCUGUCCAUUGGUGUGCUGCCCGGACUUAUUCUGUUCGCGCCGGUUUUCAUCGCCGGAAAGCGUAUUUCUAUCAAGAAGUCCAAGGAAGCACUGGCAGCGUCGACGGUCAAAAUCCAGGCCAGAGACGUCGUGGCGACCUGGAAGCUGCUUGUAUCGAUGGCUUUCGCCCCGCUCCUGUACAACUUCUACACGAUCCUCCUCGCCUCCUGGACAUACCGCAACCGUAUCCGAGGCCUCGUGCCGGAAUCGGUGCCGAUUUGGGCCGUCUUCAUCUGCGGCUGGAUCCUCUUUCCAACCAUUACGUACGCAGCUCUCCGCUUUGGCGAGGUUGGAAUGGACAUCUUCAAGUCGCUGCGGCCACUCGCACUUUCGCUCAACCCUUCGUCCAGCAACACGUUGCACAAGCUGAGAGAGAUGAGGGCGGCCCUGGUACACGAGGUCAACGACGUGAUCAACGAACUGGGGCCGGAGAUGUAUCCCGAUUUCGACCAUGCCAGGAUCGUCGCGGAUCCUUUCCAUGACGAAUCUCCGAAGCGCGAGCACUUCAAGCGGCGCGACAGCGAAUACUCUCUCGAGUCGAUGCCCUCGUCGCCCAGCCAAACUAACAUUCACGUCACGGACACGAGCAUGGGCGGAGGCUUGACGGCGGACGGACAUCUGCCACGGAACGAGUCGUUCAAGAAUCUGGGCAACAUUGCGUUGUUCGCGACGCGGCCGACGACGCCAAGCAAGCCGCGGUCAAGAACAAACUCCAGCGGGGGCCUUGCGGGCAGCGGGGGGUUCUCGUUACAGGGAUUCAGCACGCUCGAGAGCCAGGGCGGAUUCGAGGAGGUGAGCAAGAAGAUCCGCGGAGCGAUGCGCGAGCGAGGACAGCGGCGGAGAAGCAGCAACCCCAACAACGACUGGGAGCUGGGCAGCGGCAGCGGGGCGACGACGCCUGGCAGCGAGGUCAGCGGGUUCAGCGGGUUCACGGAUGCUAGAAAUAUGGAGCUGAGCAAGAAGGAGAAAUGA